UCAUUAAUUGAAAGCCAUAUGGCAUUUACAAUAGGAAUUAUAGAAAAGUAAAAUACAAUCUAAAUUAAUCAAGUAAAAAUCCUCUUUAAAAAAACUAUGAUGAUGAGAAACUAGAUCUGACGAUGAAGCACAGUCCCCGAUUGUUCGCUGGAUUAUGCAGCCUUCUGUGAGGGAGUCCAUCUUCUUGACAUAGUUUUGGGAAGAAAAUUCAUUACUUGACCAUGUCGAUCGCAUCCUCAAUUCCAACGCCAAUUGCAAAAUUGUACGAAUAACAACCCAUGAAUCCAAUCUUUCAGAUAAAACCUUAAAAAUAAUUUUCAAUCUUCCAUAAGGGAAGAGAAGAAAGACAAACGCCAAACUCUCACAAAAGGAGAGAACAAACCCAAAAAUUGGGAAGAAAACUCUCAUAAAGAGAGAGCAAGGAGAAUUAUUAAUGACUAAAAAACAAAAAACAAAGAAAAUAAAGAAAAUAAUGGGGCUUACCAUCAUCAAAGAGAUGAUGAUGGUAGCCCCUUGCGGCUGCCAAAAAUUUUAGGGUUUUUUCAAAGAGAGAGAGAGGAAGAGGUGAGAGAAAGUUUUUUUUUACAUAUAUAGUUAUUGUAAUUGGUUAAUUUAAUUACUUUGAGAUUGAAAAUGAUAGUGAAUAUAAUCUAUGCUCUAGCACUAAUUAAACUAUUUUCAUUAUUAAAGAGAGCUUAGCUUAAAAGGGUCUAAAAGAAGAAGAGAAGAUCUCAUCCAUUAAGCUAAAAGGUAAUGGGCAUUUUUGUAAUUUUACUUGACAUGAUGUUAGUAUAUAGUGGGAUAAAAAUCUAAUUUUUCUUAAAGACACAUGAAAGUGACAAAUAUUAAGGGUUUUUUUUUUUUUUUUUUUUUUUUGGUAGGGCAUAAUAAAAUGAGGUAUAUUAUUGAAGGGGUAUAAAUAUGCAACAAGCAGUAGCCUAAAUGUGCAAGAGAAUUUAGGAGCCAAAAGCUUACGUAAGUAAGCAAUUAACAAGCUAGAGCUAGAAAUUUUUUUGUUUGUACUCAAAAUAUUUUUGUUGGGGUUUUUAUUUUUGUUUGUUAGUUUUGUAAGAUGUCUUGUAGGGGAGUGAUGGGAGCACAUAUGGGGAUGAGCUGGGGAAUGUUGGGAGACGGCGGGUGGCGAAAAGGGCCAUGGACCGCCGAAGAAGAUAGGUUGCUCAUUGAAUAUGUUAAGCUCCAUGGUGAAGGAAGAUGGAAUUCUGUUGCUAGACUUGCAGGAUUGCGAAGGAAUGGUAAAAGCUGUAGAUUAAGGUGGGUUAACUACUUAAGACCCGACCUUAAACGAGGGCAAAUCACUCCACAUGAAGAAAGCAUCAUCCUAGAGCUCCAUGCUAGGUGGGGCAACAGGUGGUCCACCAUUGCGCGAAGCUUGCCUGGAAGAACAGAUAAUGAGAUCAAGAACUACUGGAGGACACAUUUCAAGAAAAAGGACAAGGCUUCACCAAAUAAUCUCGAAAAAUCGAAAACUCGCUUGUUACGGAAACAGCAGUUUCAGCAACAGCAGCUUCUGCAGCAGCGGCAGCAGGAGCAGCAACAGCAACAGUUUACGGCGAUGGACAUGAAAAAGAUCAUGUCUAUCCUCCUCGAGGAUAGCGAUAGCAAUAAGGUAACAAACACUACAACGACGACUACUAGUCUAGUACCGCAAGCUCGACAAGCUGAGAUGGGUGCUAACAUUUGUCCAACAUAUACUGAAGAACAAGGGAAUAAUUGGGGUUGUUACAGUGAUAAUAAUAUUUCUUGUGAAGCUUCUAACGUUGAUCUUCUUUGCUGGGAUGCUGCCUUGUGGAACAUAGAUGAUUUCCAAGGGAAUAAUUGGGGUUCUUUUUGAGCAACCUACAAUUUCAC